UGCUUACAUGUGCUUUAUUCAUAUUGCUAUUGCUAAAGGAGGCUAAUUAGAACAGUAAUUAGAGUGUUUAAUAAUUGUUUGCUGUUUUGCUAAUGCAUGUUGAGGACUUUGUAGACAACUGGAGUUGCACAGAAGGUUAGGUAAAGCUGUGAGACAGUUAAAUGAAAGCUGAGCUCAGUGAACAAAGUUGGCUCUUGUCUGUAGUGGCAAGCUGCCGAAGAACAAGAAUGGCAGAAAGACCUGAGCCUCUCUGUAUGCUUUGCUUUCACCAUGGCCAGGCUCGAUAGUGCUGCUGCUAAUGACCCUGAGAUGGGGGAAGGCAGUAGUUACUGCUGGCAGCCCUCUCUAACAGCAAAAAAUAAUGUCUCUUCCUCCUUCCUAGAUGCAGCAGAAAUGGCAAGCUUGGCUCUUUGCCUUGGUCCAGUCACAUCUCUACUCAGAGAUUCAGGUGAAUGAGUAAGAUGUGCAGAGCAGCUGGGCCCAUUUGGGAGGCAUUUGAAUUGGAGUGAGGAUGUAUGAAUCGGCUCAAUCUCCAGCAUCAGAUCUUCUGGGGAAUUACAGGAGGUAGAGAAGACAAAAUGAGUCACCUGGGCUCCAUGCAAGUUGCUAAAACCAGCAAGUGGACCCUUUCUUUGUCCAUUCAAAGUUGGCACCUGUCUUGAUUCCUUCCUCCUACAGUCUCUUUGCCCUUGAAAGAGAGAGACCCUUGAAGCCACCAUAAUAAUUUUUAUCCAGGUCUUUCAAGAGUAGAAUUUAUAGAAAGCAUUCGGAUGAAAAUGCAUUCAUCCCCCAGACUUUGAUGUAACUCCUUGCUCUCUGCAUUUUUCUUUUUUCCCCAUCUCUAUCUGCUAGCUCGUAUUUUCUGUUGCAUAUUGUUUGCAUUCUAUGUCUUCUUUUAGCUCUCUGGCAAAUUCUGCCUCUUGUUCUGUGUUUCCUGACGUCCCUUUCAUUAGUUAGAAUAAAUCUGGUGUGAGGCUGACACUUGGCAUAAGGUUGUAGCUGCUGCUUUUAUAGAUCUUGAUGUAAAGAGAAAACAUGACAUCAUCCUGUGGAAUGAAACUGAGAAGCACAGGAAAAAAUAUGUGUCCAGAAGAACUCAGUGUUCUCAUUUAAACACAGGUAUAUGCAUAUUGCUGCUAUAGCAGACCAUGUUCUCAUGCUCAGUUUUUUAUCAGGAAUGACAAUCUGUUGAUGAGUGAAUGGAAAUACAUGUGGUUAAGGCAUCUGUGACCCCUGAACAUUUGAGCUUCCCUAGUUUACACAUUGCAUCAAUGAGCUAUUUCAUAAGGAGUGCAGAGCCAAAUCUCUGUGGUACUUGAGGUAUGUCAGGUCCAAAUGACAAGGAUUUGGAUUUAGUGGAUUUAGUAUCUUUCUAGCCUUCCCUUUAAAAGAAUGGGAAUUUGUGGAGAACUGCUUUGAUGCUCACUUUCCUCUCUGCAUACCGAGAGCCCGGAGACGCGAUUUUGUUCCACAGAGGAGCUGAGUGAGUGAAGCCCCUGCGCUGUCCCUGUCUAGCGCUGUGCCCGUGUUACCCGCAGGAACAGCCCGGAGAGCAGCGGCCCCGGCGCGGCGGUCCCGCAGCUGCUCCAUCCACAGCGGGGCUCCAGGGGGAACCGCUCUUCCAGCGGAGGAGGGGCCGAAACCAUCACCCCAUCCGCCCUUGUCUCCUCGUCCUCCAUCCCUCCUCGUCCUCGCCCCGUCCUCUCCGGGGCCGCUGUCCGCCGGGCCCGGUCCCGGCCGUGCGGGUCCUGCCCUGUCUAUCCGGUGAAUCCCGGCCCGAGAGGAAGAGGAGGGGUGGGGGCGGGAGCCGCGGCUUCGCGGGGGGCCGGGAGGGAGCCUGAGCUCUGCUUCAUGGCGAGGCCGGGGGAGAGCAGGCUCCCGAGGAGGGAACCCGGCAGCUGACUCAGCGCAGCAGUCCAGCAUGUUUUCCCGGGAGCACGGCUUCCCUGCCGGAGCCAGCGGAGGGAGGUCUGAGGCGGUGGUGCAGGGUUUUAGUGAUGUUAUAGACUCUCCCACUGAAGGCUUUCCAUGUGUCCUCACUCCUGCUGUCCCCAACAAGACUGUGGACUUGUUUGAGAUGAUUGAAAAAAUGCAGGGGAGUCGUCUGGAUGAACAGAGAUGUUCCCUUCCAGCUCCUCUCAAGACAGAAGAGGAGUAUAUUCCUUAUCCCAGCAUCCAUGAGGUAUUACAGAAAGGCUGGCCAUAUCCUCUCAUUAUCCUACCCCAGUUUGGGGGCUACUGGAUUGAAGGCACCAGCCACAACCUCUCUAGCUUGAGUCCAACUCUGUCUGAUGUGCCCUUUUCCUGGAGUGGUAAAGUGAAACUGGAAAGUGACCCUACAGCCAAGCUGUACCGCAAACAUUUUCUGGGAAAGGAGCACCAGAACUUUUACUCCAGUGACAUGUCCUUGGGCUACCUAGUACUUUCUGUGAAAUAUGAACAGAUUGAGAAGCAGGAAAAUCUACGCCUGUUGCUGAGGACUCGUACUGGCACCAAACAUGAUCUAAUUCCUAUUUCCUGUCUGAAUGAGUUUCCCAAUGCUGUUCAGAUGGCAAAGCUACUGUGUGAGGAUGUGAAUGUUGAACGCUUCUUUCCUGUCCUCUAUCCCAAGGCCUCGCAGCUUAUUGUUGCAUUUGAUGAACACGUCAUAAGCAAUAACUUCAAAUUUGGGGUCAUCUACCAAAAACCUGGACAGACAACUGAAGAAGAAGUCUUCAGUAACACAGUAGAGAGUCAGGGUUUCCUGGAGUUCCUGGAUUUUCUUGGUGACAAGAUUCAGCUGCAGGAUUUCCGUGGGUUCCGGGGAGGCUUGGAUGUUACCAGAGGUCAAACAGGCACUGAGUCAGUCUAUACAAAUUUCCGGGGGAAGGAGAUCAUGUUUCAUGUGUCCACAAAGCUGCCCUUCACAGAGGGAGAUUCCCAGCAGCUUCAGCGGAAGCGUCACAUUGGGAAUGAUAUUGUAGCCAUCAUUUUCCAGGAUGAAAGCACACCUUUUGUCCCUGAUAUGAUCGCUUCUAAUUUCCUACAUGCUUAUGUGGUAGUUCAGCUCACUCUUAGUACCACUGGGGACACUCUCUACAAGGUUUCAGUCACAGCCCGAGAUGAUGUCCCCUUCUUUGGACCUCCCCUGCCAAAUCCAGCCAUAUUUAAAAAGAGCGCAGAGUUUCGUGAAUUCCUUCUGGUCAAGCUCAUCAACGCCGAGUACAGCUGCUAUCGAGCUGAGAAAUUUGCUAAAUUAGAGGAAAGAACACGGAGUGCCCUCUUGGAGAGCCUUUUUGAGGAGCUGCAGCUGCGCAGCCGCAGCAUGAUGGGAUUACCUGUAGGGGAGGAUGACAAGAUAGAGAAUGGCAGUGGGGGCUUCCUCGAGAACUUCAAGCGGGUGAUCAGAGGCCGCAGCCAGAGCCUGGAUACCAUGGGGAUAUCCAUGAGAAAGCAGCAGCCAGCCACGCUGCCCAGCCGCCCCGCCACGGCGGGCCUUGCCCUCAGCCAGAGUGUCGCCGAGGGCCCUAAGGCCAUUGCUGCGUCUUUUGCCUUGCCUGGUAGGAGCCCAUCACGUACUCGAGCCAGCCGCUUCCACGGGCGACGGAGUAGUGCCAUUGGCAUUGAAAACAUACAGGAGGAAAAGAGCAGAGAUACCACAGAGAGGAUACAGAGGGUGUUUGACAGUCCAGGAACUUUCUUUGACCUGAAGUCUGAUGGAUCAUCCAGUCCCAGCUCUCCAGAGUUCCCCAGCAGGAAGAGCAAACUGCUCAGGAGUCAGACUUCAGGAUACUGUGUGAUGCAGCCACUCUCACGUUCAUCAUCCAGUGUAAGCAGUUGUUGUAGUGGAUUGAGGGAAAAUGGAACAUCUGAGGAAGAAGAGAAUGACAGGGAGCUGACGUGCUCACUAAAGGGCCCUCCAAAACGGGAUUCAAUGGUUCAGAGUAUGUGGCUGGAUGACAGUGACUGCACACCCAGUACUUCUAGCUCACCAGGAAGCAGAUUGCUUCCUUCCAGCAGUGUUGCUGGCUCCAGUGGAAAAGGGAAAGGCAGCAAAACAGAGGCUCAGCACCACAAUCCAGCCUCCAUUUUGUGCUGUGUGUGAUGUCAGCGCUGGAGCACUGUCUGCAGGGUGAGGAGCACAGGUAAUGCACAGGGGGGAGGAGAGCCACGGGCCCCUGCCCAUCCCUGCCUCCCUGAGAGUGCAGCCACUGCUGUACAGCUUCUCAGCAGAGUCCUUUACCUUUCUCCCCAAGUGAUCUUCCAUGGCCAACAGCUCUGGCCUGAUUUACCCAAGCACUCCCUUUCUGGUUGCCUCCUCCCUCUCAGGGAACAGCAUUUCCUAUUGAGAUUCUGCACUCUGCCCUAAUCAUGGCACAAUUUCUUUCUCUUCUUUGUCUUUGAUUGUUCAGUUUCCUUUGCUCAGAUGCAACCUACAUUUUUCUGUGCCUAACCUCUGCUUUUUGUAGUUUCAUUACUUUACAGAACCCCUUUCUGUUUCUCAUUUUCUGGUGUUGUGCCUGUCUGUACACUUGCUUAUUUGCUUUCAGCCUAGAAAUGGUGGGACCUACUUGUUCAUGCCAGUUUCACAGCUUUUCCAGACAUGGGAAGUGGGACUUGGUUUCCUGGUGAGGUCUAUAGUAGAGCAAAGGGGAGCACAACUUCAGAUUUGUUCCCUAGAAUUCAUAGUCCUGUUUUGCUUGUGUUGUUCAGUCUCUCUUUUUGCUCAAUGUCCCUUUCCUUGCUUGGUAUCUUCUCUGGCCUGACAGCUAAACAGCUGCCUUGAAAGUGGUGGGGAUGUGAGGCUCUCAGGAACUAGUUUAGUAUAUAGCUGAGUAGAUGUAUCAUCUUUAUGGAAGAAAAUUCUUCCAGCUAUUCCUAAAUAUUCCUAAAGAGCUGGUCGUUUUUAUUAUUGCUGUUUAGACCAUCAGUGCUCAAGUUUUAGCUGCCCUGCCACCUAGUGGCAUUCAGAGCAGUCAGGUGAACAGUUCAGCUCCAUGUGGUGGUGGUCACUGGUGCCACAGCAGAUCAGAGAGGGGAGCUGGCACUCACCACCGAGAACUGAGCAUGCCAGUGCAGGUGCCAGCCACUGAUCACUGGGGUCAUCCCCAGAGUGUCUGCCAAGAGCUUGUGCUCACAUCACAGCUCUGUAACACAGGAGCAAGGUUGUCGAAAUGAGAGGCAGAACUCCCUAAAGGUUCUGCUCCUAAACAGGCAAAUUGUGCUCAAAACAGGUACAGAGUCAGAAUUGCAACAAUCUGCAAACUCACGGAUACAAAUGCAAAGGCUGUGGUUCUACAUUCACUGGUGGCUAUUAGAGGCAAUAAGCAAUGUAUCUCAAUAGUGCUUAAGUAUGGUUUUAGUAUCUAAGGUUUUGAGCAUUUAAUUUCCACUGAUUUGAAGCAGCUCAGCAUUUAAGAUAAUUUUGUGAAAUAUUUGCAGUCUGUAAGAUCCAUGUCUUUUGGUCCAUCUGCCAAAUCAACAACAUUCUGCAACAAGCUGGUUAUUUUUUCAAUUGAUCUGGUUCAAAGAACAAAGUUUCAUGAGACUGCUUUUCACUGUGAGAUUAUUUCCAGAUGUUCUUUGAAUUCUCACCAGCUCCUUACUAGAGUUCAUUAUUUCCACAAAAGGGCAUUUUACCCACUCCUGGGACAGUACUACAGUCUUAAAGUGAUUUUUUAAUAAUUCCAUUUUAGCACAACCUCUGAAUCAGUUUGAUAGCACGUAUCGGAGACUAGCAAGUUUCAGAGGAGAAAUGGUAAAAAAUUUCUUUAAUAUGGCUUCAAGGGACUCAAAGAAACCUAUGGCACCUACACACAUGGUUACUUUCUUGUCAUUCUAACUCCUCAUAUCUCUCACAAAGAUUUCUUUAAGUUCCAGGCUGGAUUUGCCCAAAGACUAAUGGGUGCACUGGUAGAAAGGAGGAAGGACUCCUCUAAUCCUAGGGUAUUUCCUGAAGAGCUGAAAAAGUAAACAUUGUGGAUGGGAGAGCAAAUGAUACUCCCACAUCACUUACAGCUGUAACAACAUGAAGGAUACAGAUUUUUUUUUCUGGUGCUUUGUUCCAGGAUUGCUGUUCAAGUGAAAAUACAUCAAUAUGCUUUACCUUUAAGUUCAGAAAAAGACAAAAAGGGAAUUCCAGCUGCUGCCGUUUUAUUCAGUGAUGCAUCAGAAAGCGUGGAAUCAUUGAAAAAUCAGAUUUCAUAUAAAUCAAAUUUCCAUAUGUUACUCCAAUUUACCUGAUACAGGAUCAGGCUCAAACUGUUUCCAUAUGAAAUGUCUUAAUUUUAUUGUUUGCAACCUUUCCCACUGCAGACUACAUGAGUGGAACUCCCUCACAGCCAUAUCCAAAUGACCUUUGGAUAGACAGCAAUUAGGGCAUCCUUGAGGAAGCAAAACAGUUUUCUUCAGUUUCCAGCUGAACCUACAAUGGUGUUCACCACCGUCCUCCAAAGACAUUACUGUAAAACUUGCAUUAAAAACCUCUGUAAGGUUUGGGCUUGGUGCCCAAGAAUGCAUGUGUGUGGUGGUUUUCUCAAAUAUCAGUCACUGCAGAGCAAGGUGUAUCAAAUAUUGUCCAGGAUAGGGUUCCUUUUAAAAUACUUUAUUGGUUCCUUAGUCUCUUUUUUGGGCUUGAAUGGUGUUCUUUCCAGCAGCCAUGAUGCAAAGUAAAAGGAAGCAUUAAUAUCUUAGCCUGUGCUUCUUAUGUCUACGUAGCACACUGGACUUAAAAUAAAAGGACAAUAUGACCAGCUUC